AUGGCGACAGUCGCACUCCAGUGGAAAGAUCAUCGCGAGCUCCUUGAUAUCAUCGACAACCUGAGAUCUCAUGGAAUCAGUCGAUAUGUCGAUUUACCUGAGAUCGUUGUCUGUAGUGACCAAUCUUCAGGAAAGAGCACCGUGCUUGAGGCCAUCUCAGGCAUGUCCUUCACCACCAAAGACAACCUAUGUACGCGAUUCGCAACAGAGCUGAUUCUACGUCGUUACCCUGUCCCUCGUAUUAGGGUUUCCAUAAUACCAGACCACGCUCGUUCAGAAGGCGAGAAAGAAACGCUUCAGAAGUUCAGUCCCAGCAUAAGCCCAGAAACUCUAAACCUCGGGGAAGUCGUACAGGAGGCCCAGAAAGUCAUAGGCUUAACAACUGAUAACAGAUCUUUCAGUACUGAUAUCCUUCGCUUCGAGAUCUCAGGACCUACCCAGCCCCAUUUGACCGUGGUGGAUCUUCCUGGAUUGUUCGAAUCCGGUAACAAAGAGCAGUCUGAGGAAGAUGCAAAGACAGUCAAGGAUCUGGUUUGGGAAUACAUGGAGCGGCCGCGAAGCAUCAUCCUCGCUGUUGUCUCCGCCAAAAGUGACUUUGCACUCCAGCAGGUUACAAAGUGCACUCGAAAGCUAGACCCAGCAGGUACGCGGACACUCGGCCUGAUCAUAAUACGAGACACGUUAGACAUGGGUUCAGAAAGUGAAAUGUCGUACAUCCAACUUGCACAAAACAACAAAUAUAUCAGGUUCCAUCUUGGAUGGCACGUCUUGAAGAGUAGACGCUAUGGCAUGAGAGAUGCUACAGCGGCUAAAAGAGAUGAGGCAGAAGCACAAUUCUUCGCUACUGAUAUCUGGACCUCGUUGCAACCGUCCCAGGUGGGCGUUGUAUCUCUCAAGUCACGGCUGAGCAACGUCCUGAAAAACCAGAUUCUCCUUCAGCUGCCUACUCUUUUCAAGGAUAUUGAAAUGGGCAUCCAGGAGUGCAAAGACAAGCUUGGGAGGCUGGGUGACUCUCCAAACACAACUGAAGAGCAGCGUCAGUACCUUGGCCGCAUGAGUCAGGAUUUCUCCAGUCUCAUGAAAGACUCUAUCGAUGGCACUUAUACUGACUCCUUCUUUGGGAGUGCCAUGACGGCUGUCGGAUAUAAGAGGCGCCUACGUGCUGUGAUUUCAAACAUGCUUUCAGAUUUUGAAGAGAAUAUGCACAAGCACGGGAAGUCAAAGAGAAUUGUGGGGGAAGCUGAUGGCAAUGGAGAAAACCAGAUUUCGCGUUCGCAAUUUAUCGACGAGGUCAAAAUCCUGAUGAGACGAAGCAGGGGUCGGGAGCUUCCUGGUACAUUCAAUCCCCUGAUCGUUGGUGAACUUUUUAGUGAUCAAUGCAGGCCAUGGAAACGGCUGGUGGAUGGGCUGACCACUAGUGUCGUUAAAUCUGUCUAUGCUACUAUCGACGAGCUGCUACAGCACAUAGCAGUCGAGGAAACCUCUAACAGAAUCUUCAGGGAAAUCAUUCGCCCGGGAAUGGAAGUUUUGAAUAGUGAUCUUCAAGGCAAAAUCAACGAACUUCUUGCUCCGCACCAUUCUAGUCAUCCGAUCACGUACAACCGCUAUCUCACUGAUAAUGUGCAAAGAGCCCAGGCUUCUCGGCGCAAGGAAGAGAUCGCAAAAUUCCUCCGGGAGUUCCUCCACGUCACUAAUUUGGACAACUCAUCUCGACAGAUGACGAUCUAUGUGGACCCCAAAGGCAUGUUGGACAGCCUUGUUGAGAUCGGUGAAACCGACAUGGAGAGAUAUGCUAGUUCUAUAGCCAUCGAUUACAUGGAAGCUCACUACAAGGUUGCCUUGGAAAAGUUCAUCGACAACAUCAGCGUUCUUGCCGUAGAGAGAUGUCUCAUCCAGAAGCUCCCAUGUCUCUUUUCGCCAGAGACUGUAUCCCGCCUGCAGAACGCUGACGUGGGAAGACUAGCAGGAGAGAGUGAUGAAUCGUCUGCAGAGCGCUCGCGCCUAAGCGAGAAACUGAACGCUCUGGAGCAAGGUCUAAGAAGCCUGAAGGUUUUGGACAAGCAUCAAUCGAAGGACAUUAGUGAGGAUGUCUACGUGAAUCCUCUCAAAAGAAAAGCAUCAGGGACUGAGAUACGCAGAGAGGUUUGAAGAACUAGGUUUUUAGUGGUUUCCGAUACAGACUGAAUACAAUCACUCUAUUACAUCUGCAGAUGGUUCAUUUCUGCUUUUAUCGAAGCAAAUACCCGGAUAGUUUCCAUCGACGGAAGCCAAAGCGGAAUUGUUUUCUUAAGAGCCCGCUCGGAAUCUUUUUGGUUGAUUGAAACAGAGAUCUUGCUCUUUGGAUGUAUCUAGCUUGAACCUCCGGCCCCGAACAGUUCUAGAAGGUUGGUAUUCUUUCUACAGAGGAUCUAUUGAUCGUCAUUUUGUAUUAUGAAGUUGUCCACCAGUUUUUUACUCCCUUCCACUCCCUUCCAUAAUAUAUUAAUUGAGGUUUUGUAAUGACGAGAAGCGACUACAAGAGACGCAG